AGGGGCUCUCCCGGCCCCCGUAGACGCACGCGACCUGAUUGGUUUCCCUGGCGACGGUUGCCAGGACAGCGCGUGCCGGCGUCUGGCAGGGCAGAGGAAGCUCUGGCGGCCCUGAAGACAGACCUGAAACAAGCGGGGCCGCGGGCAGGAUGGCGGCAGAAGAAAGCUCAGCAGACACCCUGAGACUCCAGUUCAAGGCCAUGCAAGAGCUGCAGCACAGAAGGCUACGGAAACAGAUGGAGAAGAAGAAGGAGAAGGAGCAGAGCUGCAAGGCUGAGCAGGAGAUGCUUGUGGAGAUCCCAGACCACCUCAGCCUGCUGGACACAGAGGAGCAGGACCUGAAAAACAGCUUUGAGAAGAGGGUGCUGGAAGAUGAAAUCCAGAAGCUUCGUAGUGAACUCAGGGAGACAGUCGAUGAGAACGGGCGGCUGUACAAACUGCUGAAGGAGAGGGACUUUGAGAUCAAACACCUCAAGAAGAAAAUAGAAGAAGACAGGUUUGCCUUCACAGGGGCAACUGGGAUGGCUGGAGAUCUAGUUGCCACCAAAAUCGUUGAACUGUCCAAAAAGAACCGGGGGCUGAUGGCAGAGUCAGAGAGCGCCAAGGUCAGGGUAAAGCAGCUGACCAAUCGCAUCCAGGAGCUGGAGCAUGAACUGCAGAUGGCACCAGCCAGGCAGCCAGCCAAGGGGACCACUGACACAGGGACCAAGUCACUGAGGACCCAGACGGGAGACAGAGCCUUGCUGGAGACCCCCGAGGUAAAAGCUCUACAGGAAAGGCUUGCAGCUACCAACCUGAAGAUGAGUGACCUGCGCAACCAGAUCCAGGCUGCAAAGCAGGAACUCCGUGUGGCCCAGAAGGUUCUGGCCAAUGAAGUUGGGGACGAUGUAAAUAUCCAGCAGCUCCUGGCCUCACCAGGGACCUGGAGGGGGCGGGCUCAACAGAUCCUAGUUCUACAGAGCAAGGUCCGAGAGCUCGAGAAGCAGCUGGGGCAGCAUCAGAACAGGACGGCAGACUGCCCGAGCUCCGAGCUGCCUGUCAGUUCAGACCCGCGGAAGCUCACAGCGCAAGAGAAAAACCUGCUGAGGAUCCGCAGCCUGGAGAGGCACAAGCAGGAGAGCUGGGAGAAACUGACCAGUGAGCGGGACACCCUCCAGACAGAGCUGGAGGAGCUGAGAAGGAAGUUUGAGGGCAUUCGGUCUCGCAACAAGGUGCUGUCCAGCGAGGUGAAGACCCUCAGGAGCCAGAUGGUCACCCUGGUGGAGAAGGGCAGGCACGACGAUGAGCUCAUCGACGCCCUCAUGGACCAGCUGAAGCAGCUUCAGGACAUCCUGGGCAGCCUGAGUGUGCAGGAGGAAUCGAGGCACACGUCACAGCACCACCUGGACCAGAAGGUCAACAGUGAGGCCCAACAGAGCAGCAGCCUCGUGGCCCAGCUGCGGGCCAUGGUAGCUGAGCGCGAGGCCAAGGUGCGGCAGUUGGAGCUGGAGAUCGGGCAACUCAGUGUGCAGUAUCUUCACAGUAAAGGAGGGGGUGAAGGGGCCAGCCCCGCCCAUGCCAGGUUCCCUGAGGACCAGACCCCAGUAACCGACUCUUCGGCCUCGGCAGGCGAUCAUAUCCACAGGCUAGGAUCCUCUCGCUCUGUGACCAGCCUGGGCCACACACUGGUGGAAUCUGCUCUCACGAGGCCAUCCCUGCCUAGUCCCCAUGGGACCUCACCCAGGUUCCUGGACUCCCCAGAACAAAAAGGCUGGUGGGUACGAGCAGCAGAAAUGAAGGCCCUGUGGCAGGCUGCCGAGGUGGAGCGCGACCGCCUCAAUGAGUUUGUCGCCGUCCUGCAGAAGCGGGUGGAGGAGAGCGGCAGCAAGCUGCUGGAAGCUGAGCAGAGGCUGCAGGAGGAGCGUCAGCGCUCUGUCCUGCUGGAGCAGCACCUGGAGAAGAUGCGUCUGGAGCGCCCCAGGACCUCGGCGUCCCAGAAGGCUGCUAGGAGCAAGUCAGAGCCAUCUACCCCCAGCACCAAGCACAGCCGGGCCAGCAGCGCCAAGAAAGACUCCUCUUCCACUCAGCUCUCCAAUGCGCCCAUGGAAUCCCAGAUAGAGGAGCUGACCGCCAGGCUGGCUAUCCAGACGGAAGAGAACAGAGUACUGAGAGACGCCCUGGGCAGUGCCCUGCGUGGGAAGGAGGAGGACUUCCGCAUGUACCACCAGACCCUGGGCCAGGUGAAGGGGGUCUUCCUGCAGGCGCUGCGGCAGCAGAAAGCCAACAAGCAGUAGGACACGGCUGCUUGCCCAACUCCUGGAGGGCAGGGCCCUCAGAGGACUCACCCACUGGUGCAGGCUGCACCCACGAGGCUUCUCACAGAAGCGACUUGCAACGCUAACUGAGCACCUGCUAAGCAGGCAGGUUGAGGCUGAGGAUGCCUGGGCCAGGGAGGAGCCGCCCAACCCCAGCAGAUGUGUUUCCUUUGUCCUAGGGCCCAGCCAUGGCCCUGCGCUGCUCUGGGCUUUCCACUCAUAGAUGAGCCCCUUGGUGCUUCCUGAUGAGGGCAUCCACACAGAGCCAUGCAGACCUCCCCAAAAUCCCUCGCUUGGGCCCUAGCACCCGCUUGGCCGUCCCUCCACGGUGCCCAGCCUCUCUGUGGAUGUACCGCACAGGGAGGAGCCUUGCGCUUGGCAUAACAAGGCUGCUUUCACAGUC